AUGAAAGUCACAGGACAGCUUAAAGAAUUCGAAAUCAUCGGUAGGAAGUUACCUACCGAAAAAACUAAAAAUUUACCAUCACCAUUUUAUAAAAUGAGAAUAUUUGCACCGGAUUAUAUUGUAGCUAAAUCUCGUUUUUGGUACUUUUUACGUCAAUUAAAAAAGAUUAAGAAAAGUACAGGAGAAAUUGUUUCCCUUAAGGAAAUUCCAGAAAAAUCCCCAUGCAAAAUCAAAAACUUUGGUAUUUGGUUAAGAUAUGAUUCAAGAUCAGGUACUCACAACAUGUACAGAGAAUACAGAGAUGUAACAGUUGCUGGAGCUGUGACUUUGUGCUAUCGUGACAUGGGAGCUCGUCAUCGUGCCAGAGCUCAUUCAAUUCAAAUAAUUAAGGUUGAAGAAGUUAAAGCAUCAAAUUGCAGACGUCCACAAGUGACACAAUUUCAUGAUUCUAAAAUAAAAUUCCCUCUGCCUAAGAGAAUUCGAGGUGCCAAGAAGGGUCCUUUAUUUUCAGUCAGGAGACCAAGAACCUAUUACAUGUAA